AUGAGGACCACCCUACUAUCCAGCCUGGCGUGCGCCAUCGCCGCCGUCACGGCUGCCGGCAACAGCUCGUGCGCCGGCAAGCAGACCUACGACCACAUCGUCGUCGGCGGCGGCCAGGCCGGCAUCAUCGCCGCGACCCGCCUCGCCCAGACCGGCAAGCACGUGCUCCUGCUCGAGCGCGGCGUCGGCCCCACCGUCGCCACGGGCGCCGACAACGUCCUCUCGUGGAACGACACCCUCACCCCGACCGACGUGCCCGGCCUGGCCCCCGCCGUCCGCGACGUCGGCCUCUUCUCCAAGUACAUGUGCCCCGACACCGAGGGCGUCUCGGCCUGCGUCCUCGGCGGCGCCGGCUCCUUCAACUACCUUGUCUACGUCCACCCGCCCGCCCACGACUUUGACGACCGCUGGCCCCAGGGCUGGAAGUGGAACGACGUCAAGCCCGCCGCCGACCGCGUCUACGCCGUCAACCCGGGCUCGUCCAUCCCGUCGGCCGACGGCAAACGCUACGACUUUGCCAUGUACGACGCCCUGGGCAGCGGGUUCCUGGCUUCGCGCGGCUGGAAGGCCGUCAGCCAGACCGAGCAGCCCGACGAGAAGCACGAGGCCUACUCGUACCCGCACUGGAACAUUGGCAACCAGAAGCGUGCCGGCUCCCUGGCCAGCUACCUGCCCGUCGCGCGCCAGCAGGCCGGAUUCCGCAUGGAGCUCAACGCCACCGUGUCCCGGCUGCUCCGCGACGGUGGCAAGGUCACCGGCGUCGAGCUGGACGGCGGCAAGAAGCGCUUCCGUCUCGCCGAGGGCGGCAAGGUGAUCCUGGCCGCUGGUGCCUGGGGAACACCCCGCGUGCUGCUCAACUCGGGCAUCGGCCCCGAGGACCAGCUGCGCAUCAUCCAGAACGGCACGAGCGGCGUCAAGCUCCCGGCUCGCGACCAGUGGGUCAACCUGCCCGUCGGCAAGACCAUCCGCGACCACUCCAUCUUCACCCUCACCAUCCAGACCAACGAGACGUUUGGCGCCUUCAACGCGUCCGCCGCGGCGUUCGGCGUGGCGUCGGCCGAGUCCGACAUCACCCUGUACAACGACAAGUCGUCGGGCCAGCUCGCGCAGGGCAUGCACAAGCUCAUCUUCUGGACGUCCAACAACGCCGGCGGCGACAACCGCACCCGCUACAUCCAGGGCUCUUGCUCGCCCGGCGGGCCCGGCCAGUUCAGCAUCAAGGCGUACCUGACGCACGGCCUGACGUCCAAGGGAUCCGUCGGCAUCGACUCGACCGGCAAGAUGGUCUUCAAGCAGCAGCCGUACCUCGUCGACGCGGCGGACCGCAAGGCCGCCCUGGCCUUCGUCGAGGAGACGGUCGCCGCCGUCAAGGCCUACCCGGGAUGGCAGCUCAAGGGCUACAGCAACUCGACGGCGGUGCUCAGCAACAUCGAGCCGGGCAACCACUUUGUCGGCACGGCCGGUAUGGGUGAGGACAAGGCGACGUCUGUCGUCGGCCCCGACGCCAAGGUCCACGGCAUGGAGAACCUGUACGUCGUCGACGCCAGCAUGCACCCGGACCUGCCGACUGGUAACACCAACGCUAUUGUUAUGGUCGCUGCCGAGGCGGCGAUUGGCAAGAUCAUUGCCGCGCAGCAGUAG